CUGUGCGCGCGUCCUUGCGUGAGCUCGACAUCUUCAUUGUGAUGACCACGGAGAAAUCGUUGACGUGAUUGCAAAGUGGGCGCCUCUUGCCUGCCUGCCUGGCAAAUGACAGCGUGGACGCGGAAGGGGAGGGGAGGGGAGAAAAGCAACGUGGUGUGCAUGCAGACGAGGACGCGGACGCGCAGCCUCUUGGACAAAAGCUGAAGAGAAGAGCCGUGCAGAGAUUGCACGCACACAACGGUGCCGCGGGAAUCGAGCGCUCUGUUGAUGCUUGUGCCCUCGCUCGCAUCAUGGCUUCCUUGUACCAGAGAUUCUCCGGCAAGAUCAACACCGCCAAUUCCUUCCCGCAGCCACCCGAGGCCAGCCGCCUGCUCGGCGCCCAGCCGGUGGACGAGGAGAGCAAGACCCCCGGGACCCAGCCCCCGCUGGAUGCGAGGCUGCUGCAUAUCCAGUGCCGCAGGAAAUGCACGCGGGACGACGAGGAUGUAAGAUUGGAUGGAACUUACAAGUCGGGCUCUGACCUGGUGGGCAGCGCGCCGCCGCAGAGGAACUGGAAAGGAAUAGCCAUCGCCCUGCUGGUCAUCCUGGUCAUCUGCUCCCUGAUUGUCACCUCGGUCAUCCUGCUGACGCCUCGUGAAGAUGAGAGCCUGGCCCUGAAGAAGAAGGUCACCCUGGAUGAUGUGUUUGGUCCCGACCUCCGUAUCCACCGACCUGACGCCGUGUGGCUCAGCGGUAAUGAGCUGCUGUAUCGUACAAGGGAAGGUGAUGUUGUCAAGCUCAACGUGGACACGGAGGAGAAACGUGUUGUCGUGCCAAACCAAAUGUUUGAAAGAUCGAAGGCCGCCAGGUACCAAGUGUCCCCUGACCUGCAACAAGUGCUAUUUGCCUUUGACUUGAAACUGCUCUAUCAACAUUCCUAUGUGGCCAAGUACAUUAUAUACAGCCUUACAACACAGGAAACAUGGCCCUUGAACCCUCCCGAAGUGCACGAAGCUGUGCUGCAAUUUGCUGGAUGGGGACCUAAAGGCCAGCAGCUCAUCUUCAUAUUUGAGAACAACAUCUACUACAGAGCAACAGUAGAGAGUCGCACCAUCCGGCUGGUUUCCAGCGGAAAGGAGGGCGUGGUCUUCAACGGCCUGUCUGACUGGCUCUAUGAAGAGGAGAUCCUGCAGAGCUACAAGGCCCACUGGUGGUCUCCCGACGGCCUGCGUCUGGCCUACAUGACAAUCAACGACACGCUGGUGCCAAAGAUGGAAGUCCCCUUCUUCACGGGGACGCCGUACCCCAACACUUUGGAAUACCACUACCCGAAGGCUGGGGAGGAAAACCCUGUGGUGCACCUGUCAGUGGUGAGCCUCAACGGUCCUCUGCACACUGUGGUCAUGAAGAAACCCGAUGACCCCCGAAUCGGGAGAGAGUAUUACAUCACCAUGGUGAAAUGGGCCACCAGCACCAAACUGGCUGUCAACUGGCUGAACAGAGCCCAGAACAAUUCCAUAUUGACACUGUGUGAGGCGACCACAGGGGUCUGCGUCAAGAAACAUGAAGAUGAGAGCACAAGCUGGUUGCACAGACAGAAUGAAGCGCCUCUUUUUUCACACGACGGACACAAGUUCUUUUUCACACGAGCCAUCCCUCAGGGUGGGAGAGGGAAGUUCUUCCAUAUUUCUAUGUCCACCUCCAUGCCCAACACCAGCUUGGACAUACUUCAGUCGCUGACGUCGGGGGAUUGGGAUGUCACCAACAUCCUGGCCUACAAUCACCAGAGGAACCUCAUAUACUUUCUGAGCACAGAGGACGACCCCAAACGGCGACACUUGUACAGCACGGACACGAUUCCUCCGUUCAACCGCUGCUGCCUGUCCUGCCAGUUUAAGUGCGGCUAUGUGGACGUGUCGUUCAGUCACGACAUGCGCUACUUCCUACUCAGCUGUAAAGGGCCUGACGUUCCGAGCGUGGCCGUCUACAGAACAGAAGACAAACAGAGUAAAAUGUCCUCCCGGAGAUGUUUUUCUGUCCCGACUAUCAUGCGCAUUUUGACCUUUUUCUUUUUUUUGUGUGCAGAGCUGUUGGACGUAGAGACAAACGAGCGAGUCAACGCCACGUACAACAACAUGCAGAUGCCCAAAGUGGAGUACAACACCAUCACCAUAGACGACUACACUCUCACCAUGCAGAUUCUCAAGCCAGCUGGAUUUGUGGACACAGCCCAUUACCCCUUGCUGCUGCUGGUCGACGGGACGCCAGGCGGCCAGAUGGUCACCGAGCAGUUCCAGGUGGACUGGGCCACCAUCCUGGUGAGCAGCUUCGGCACCGUCGUCAUCCGCUUCGACGGCCACGGCAGCGGCUUCCAGGGUACCAACCUCCUCCACAAAGUGCACAGGAGGUUGGGCAAGCUGGAGGAACGAGACCAGCUGGAGGCGCUCAGCUUCAUCUCCAAAGAGCCUUACAUCGACAAGACUCGCAUGGGAGUGUAUGGAAAGGCGUACGGAGGAUAUUUGUCCACACUGCUGCUCAGCUCAGAUGAGUUCACUCAGCUUAAAUGCGGAACUGCAGUCUCGCCCAUCACGGAUUUCGAGCUUUACGUGUCGGCAUUCUCCGAACGAUACCUGGGCUCAAAGACCGAUUCCAGAGUCUACGCGAUGUCAAAUUUAGCUCACAGAGCAGGUCAGCUGGUGCAGAAGCAGUACUUGAUCAUCCACCCCACUGCAGACGAAAAGGUUCACUUUCAGCACACGGCCAAGUUUAUCAACCAUUUAAUCAGCAAGAAGGCCAAUUACACUCUUCAGAUCUACCCGGACGAGGGCCACUUCCUGCACAGCGAAGACACCCAAAAGCACCUGAGCCGCUCUCUGGUCAACUUCUUUGGGGAGUGUUUCCGGCUACCCGAAGUGGUUAAGGACGAGCAGCAGGACGUGGACGAGGACGAUAGCUAAGCCCGACCGACGAGCCACCCCCGCCUCUGCCUCCCCCUCCCCCAGCCAGUGAACACAGCACAAUAUGCAACGCAGAACAAAAGAAAGCCGCCCAAGUCUGAAGUGCCCAACCUGCACGUUGCGACGAGGCUGCCCGCUGCCCAUCGGAGGAAAGUCGACAAAUCUCCCUGCACCUUUAGAACCAUCGGACAUGUCGUUCAUGGACAAAUCCUUGGAAAUGCUACAAACCUGUGGGAACAUUGACAACCUGCAGGCAAGAAAAUACAACCAUCGGGAAACCUAUGAGGUGCACAACCUCCAAUCAGGCAAAUUCUAAUGCUCAAUUUUGAUCGUUUACGCAGCGCAUUUGUGCUUGCGUCAUUGAUAUUUUACUCAGGGUGACUUAAGGUUGCCCUCACGGGUCUGGUUUUAAACAAAUGAAUGAUAAUGUUGAGAAAUUAAUCGAAUUUUUAUUGUGAUUUCAAUUUUAGCUUCUCACGAUUGGAUAGCAAAAAUCAGCAUUAGAUGUCACAGGAGUUCGACAUUCUUUUGUAUUCUUCCUAAUCCGUUGAAAAUGAAACAUUAACAAUAAAAAUGAAACAUCGUCCGAUUUUUUUUUUUUCUCAAGAGCUCGACGACAAAGUUGAGCAUUAUUUUCUUUGUGAGGGCAUAAUUUUGGAUAGCACUUUUGUUUUGGACGCCAGGAGACAACCUAUUCUGAUCUUGUAAUCGGUGAGUUUGAUAAUCAAAGAGAACUAACCUGGCGCCUCCAAGAAACCAGCACUUUUCAGCACAAAAUAUCGCCCCCUAUUGACCCGGAGACUGAACCGCCGGUUUCUGGUGAUUUUGCCAAUGAAUUAACUGGUUGUUGUGCUCACAAGUACAGUACUCCGUUUGGUGUUUUCCACCCUAUUAGUGAUGUGUGUCUUUUAUACGAAGGAGUAUUAUGGAGAAACUGAAGGGAGAAAAGUCAUUUUUUCUUAAUUCUUUGAGAAUUGAUCAUUUAAAUCUCAAAAAUAUAUAUUUCAUCUCAAAGCGUUUUCCCUCAUUUAAAUACAUUCAACUUAAAAACCUUGAAAAAGUUGCAAUCAAAUUCCAAAUAUAUAACAAUCGUCACAAUAGAAAACUUUUUAUCCACAAGAAAUACCAUUUUA